GAGGCUGCCUUCGCCUUCCGUCACUCCAGGACUCGCUCCCGCCUGGCAUGAGGGUGUGGAGGGGGUACCUCCGUGCCUCGCCUCUCCUUCCUACUCUGUGAUGCGAGGCGCAGGCAUGCUCAGUAGCCGGUGCCUACCCCUCCUCUCCCAACAACAGUGCCUACAACAGUAGGAGACUGCUGGCAGCAGGCGCGGAGCCGAAAGCCAUCUUUGCUGGAGAGGGAGGCAGCGCAGCCCGGCCGGCCCCUCGCCAUGUCUGUUCCAGCUUCUACCCAGGGUCCCUCCAGUGCUGCAGGGGCUGCAGGGCCCCCUCCUGUGAGCAAUGUGUCCAGUAACAAGCGGCUGCAGCAGACACAGGCCCAGGUGGAUGAGGUGGUUGACAUCAUGAGAAUGAAYGUGGACAAGGUGCUGGAAAGAGACCAGAAGCUGUCGGAGCUCGACAACCGGGCAGAUGCAUUGCAAGCAGGUGCCUCACAGUUUGAGACCAGUGCAGCCAAACUGAAGAGGAAAUACUGGUGGAAAAAUUGCAAGAUGAUGAUCAUCCUUGGUGUAGUAUGCGCAGUCAUUCUCAUUAUAAUUAUAAUUUAUUUCUCCACUUGAAAAAGGAAAGAAGGAAGACUUGGCACAACUUUGUUCAUAUCAACCGACGAUAUCAGUGUUCCUUUGUUGAACUCCGCUUUUUAAUUCCCGGUGUCUUGGGAUUUUUGCUUGUAAUAACCCAUAAGCAUUCAGUGUGGUGUAUUUUGGAAUUCUGUUGUUUCCACAAGAAACUGUACCAGCUAAAUACUGCCAAGUAGUUCCAUACACUGUCUAAUCACUGUGUCUUAAAAUGUGUAAGCACUGACCUUCAGAAACUGUAGUAUACGAAAAGCAUCCUACAACAUCUCAGAAUCAGAGAAUGCAGCUAUGGGAAAGCUCCUGUUCAAAGGGACACUGUCAGAUGGAUUAGACCCAAACCUAAGGUUGCAGGAAACAUUAGGGCCAAAAUUCUCAAUCUGAGCUCCUAAAGYUGGAUGGCAAAAUCCAUUGUCAGAUGUAACUUUUUGAGGUAGUAUCUACUAGUCCCAUCGAAGAGAGUGAUACCUACAAGUAUUCAUGUAAGAUAUCAUAUUUCAACUUAGCCAACCAAACACAGAUUUUUUUGAGAUUAGAUGUAGAAUACAAGUCUAAAAACAUUGUCUGCAGAAAAUAAAUAAGACUGGUUUAUCAUCUUUUAUGGAUUUAAUUUUUUCCUUAUGGAAAACACCUCAUGGUGUUCUGAACAACCAAGAUGGCCUCAAUUUAAAAGCUGGAAAGAAAACUGUAUAACAACCAAAAAGGAUUAGCUAGCACAGUCUUGAAAAAGCCAAGUGAAACACAAAAGUGAUAACACAAGCAUCACAAAUGACUCRGAUCCAGUCUCUUGCUAAAGACUCAAGGCAUUGUUUGUCAGAUUUCAUAGGACAUCUCUUGAAUGCUAGUCCCCAAUAGUUAGACCCUAACUUAAAGUACAUGAGCAGCUUUGGUGAUGUCUGUGGCUUCCCAGGUCUGUUGAAGGAAGCUGCCUCUGCACCAGUUUGCAGAAAUGGUCCCCACUGUGAGGAUAGUUCAAAAAUCAGGAAGAAAGGAGGGGGGAACAGUGGAGAGGCUGAGAAAGGGGUGCCUAGCAAUGCUUUCCUGGAGAAGAGGAACACUGUUCAAAACAGUGUGUUAAUAGGCUUUUAAAAAAUAUUUUUAAUUUGUGCAUGUAGAUAGUUCAUAAACUAUAGUGUCAUAUUUGUGAAGUGCUCAGCUGAGAUACCUAUUAUACUCAAUUAAUUUAAACUAACAUUUGAUGUAAUUAAUGGAAAUUAUAUAUUGUGGCUUGAGAGAAAGUUGUUGUAUGCUCUUGUGAAUUUCUUGUUUCUUUCUUUUUAAAACAGUGAAUAGUUUAAUCAUCGUUAACAAAACUAAAAAWGAAUUAAUCAAAUUUUGAGCCAGGAAAUUCAGAAAAGGGUCUUUUAGGAUAACUCCUUCAGAAUUUCUGAAAGAAUUCAUGGAAUUAAAAAUAAAAUUGCGGGUUAGGGUUUUUUUGUCUGUAAUUCAAUUAGGGAAUAGAAACAGAGAUAAUAAUAGUCUAAAUAUUCCCACUGUGGAGUAUCUCUCUUGACAUUUUUAGGUUAAAAAAAAUUGAGACCCAGACCAGUUUGUUGUUAUGAAUCUAUGUACAAAUUGAGCUGAAGUAGAAUUUUGCAAAGAGAAUAAGUAAUGAUCAAUUGAAAGGUUCCAGUAGUAUUUUCCCUAAAUAUUUACUGUUUCAUAAUCACAUGUACUGUUUCAUAUCAUUAAGUCCUAAGUGGUCCUGGUCUUAAUGAAUAUUCAAAGUCACUAAUGUGAUACUGGACUCCCUGGUAUGCCCUGUUCACUUCAGUCCUUCAGGUGAGUGAGAAAAUAAACAAUUCUGAAAUCCUCAUGGGCCAGACAAAAAUCUGAGCAGUGAUGAAGGGCCAUGUGAUGAAGACCAUGAGGUGACACAACUAUUAUGUAUAAUUGAGCUUUCACUGGUAGGGGAAUAAGCCAUCCAGCUUCAGGACCAUUAUUAAAGUGCUAAGGUAAUUGGAUAGCUGCUGUUGAAAGAAUUCUCGUGAGACCCUGCCACCCACACCCAUGUUUAGCAUGGCUUAAUCCUCACAGGGCUUCUCUGCUGAAAAGACUCCUGAGAUGAAGGUAGCUUUUAUUGAGAGUUGGUGCCAUCAGUAAGGUGAUAUGCUGAUACUGAGCCUUAAUGUAGAUGUUCCUGCUCCUAUGAGAGGCUGAACUGACUACUCAGCUGACAGGACCAUAAAUACACAUUGAAGAGUUUGAAUUCUCUAGCUACAAACAUGCAAAGAUCCCAAAGAAAACUGUAGGGAAAGUGAUACAAGGAUGCAAAGCUGACAUCCUCGCAGCUAAUGUAGUUCAAGCAAAUUAACAAUCAAAGUGGGACCUUUCAGUGAGAGUGGAGAAUAGAAACUGCUGUCUGUGGAAUGUGGGCCCAUUCUCUCUSAAAACUAAUUGGGAUGACUGCUAAAAUUAGUGAGAAUUUGCAACAAAGAGUUAAGCAAUCUACCAUCUAGUGGGUCAUAGAAUGUUUGUGAAGAGACUCUUUCCUCCUGUGUGAUACUAAAUAUGCUAAAUUAAUAUGUUUAACUUUACAAAGUUUUUCAUAGUAUGCUUGUGAAUGCUCAAUGUUUGCUACUACUUGUGCUGUGGUGGUUGGUUGUAAUAAGAUAAGCCACAUAACCUUUCUAAGUCAGCCCAGGAAGCAUGAACAAGUGUGUCUUUCCCUGAUGCACAGACCCAGAGCCUGAACUGCUCUUGCAGAGGGUUAAAUCUUCAGCAAGGAGAAUAUGGUAAUAUGGAACUGUGCAGGGUCAUAGAUUGUGCAACAGCAUCAYAUAUGUGUAGACCAGUGCAGAGGACAAUCUGUAUAAACACAGUUGGAGAUCUUAUUUGUGUUGAAGCCAGGAUUGAUUGCUUUCCACUUACUGCUUCUACAUUUUAAAUGUCCGUGCAGUUACAACUGCCUGUCUGCAAAUUUUCCUCUAAAAGUUUAAGUCAUUCUUGCUCAGUCAGCACUGAUUAGAAUUUCARCUACAGGGUAGAAUUUCAGCUCCUGCUUUUCCUCACUAACUACUGCCUAGGCUCUUCCCUUGGGCUGGUAAAACAUCACAAGAGAGCUUCCUUUGAGUGACUGCCCAGCAAACCCUCAGGGGACCCCAAGGCCACUGCCACCUUGGGGACCAAACUGAACUCUGUCUGGAAGCAAUGCUUUUGAUAGCUUUAUCCAGAAUUAGACAUCGUUUGAGACCUUCAUAUUCCAUCCUUGKAAGAAGCGCUUCCUCUGCUUUCUGGGCCCCAGCUGUGCGUCUCAGAGGCUGUACAGCAGGAGAUGCCCUUCACACACAGCAUAGCUGCAAGGAGCUGUUAAGAGCUGUUCAGUGCAUGUACCAUGGUUGCAGCUUGGCUUGCCAAUGAUCAUAUAUCAGCUUCUGAGUUUGAACAAGUGUUAUUUGCAUCCACUAGCAACAGGCUAGCGAGGCCCUGCUUGGGCAUUAGGCAUUCUCUCAAAUUUAGCUCACCUUGCAGUACCACAGAUGUGCCUUUAAACCUGAGAACAUUGUUGCACAGAGCUUGGCAGAACUUCCUGUGGAAGCCCUAAUGGGGUAGUUGACCUGAUUUUCACUUGACAACAUUAUGUAACACCACARUCAAUCCAACAGAGUCAAACCUAUUCCAAUACUAUUACAAGGAGGAUGGGAGAAUCUGAUAAAGGUUUUGAAUGCUACCUAGGGUCUGUAUGACAAAGAGUGGUUUGGGAAUGUAGUCAGUUGGAUUUCUAAAGCUGGCACUUUAAUUCUGUUGGAACCUGCAUAAUGUUAGUCCUGGGAAAAGUUCAGCCAAGUAAAAUAUUUGGCUUUUUUCUUUUUAUAUAGUGAUCUGCAAUAAGUGACUUAAACACUCACAGUGAGGGAAGAACAGGACAGUAUUGAUUGUGCAAGGAACGAAUUGGAACAACCUCAAUCUGCUAGGCUUUUGAGUAACAAGACCUUUGAAAAUUCUACCAUUUCUGCAUUUUUCAUGUCACUUCUCCUCUGACAGGGCUUCACCUAAUUUAAUUUUAUGAGCAGCUGGACUACUUAUCUGAAUACAAUGAAUUUUAGCUCUUCAGAGCCAGUUCCUGACUUGACAUUUGUAUUAGAGCAUACCUGCAAAAUGAUAAUGUCUGCUUCUCAGAAGAACAUCUACCAUGGGAAACUCAAACUUCAGGAACUUUUAGAAGCUUGAUGUUACUCAAUUCUUUCACACUUUUACAGAGUGAAUUUUUUCUAAUCCUUGGGAGGCUAUCCACACUGUAGAAAUAUGUAUAAUCUGAUGUUAGGGGUUUUUUUGAAUAAGAGCUCCUUGACUGCACAUUAAUGGUAGACCUUCACAAAUAACCUAGAGAGCACUUGGAUAUGAUCCAGGAUUUCGAUCUCAACCCUUCUCCUGCCCUUUAAACAGGUAAGAGGGCUGAAACAGCAGCCAUAUAAGGCACUGGGCUCCCUCCCAAUGUACACAGUGAGUAUUAGAGAAAGGCCUCAAAGUCUUUGAUCUGGAUUUGCAUCCUGACCUGAACUCUAGACCUGUAACAGAUCAUAACCUUUGGGCCCUCUGUGUAGUCAGAAGACUGAGAUGCUCUUCCAAUCAGUUGUUCCUCACAUGAUUUACGUCCCUGUUGUUAGGCAAGAUACAUUUGAGCAAGAGACAGCACAAGCACCCUCAAAUUAGCUCCUUUAAAAGCUUGAAAAAAAUGAAUUAUACCUAGAGAAAUUAUUGGCUAGGUUUCUCAUAUGGUAAUAUUACUGUCAGUACUGAUACUAGGUUUGGAUUGUAUGGAAACAACCAACCAGAACCUCACACCACUUGUUCUUUCUUCAUGCAGUCAACUUCAGAAAUUCUUCUCUAUUCUGCUUCAAGAAAGGAUUUUGUUUUCCUCUUCAGGUAAUUUCCCUUAGUUCAUUAAUGUAUGUCUCAAUUGAUGUGCUCAUUAGUUUUUCUUCUCCAUUGAGAGCCGUAAGACUCUCURCCUUUAAACACAUGCAUAAAGAGAUCUGAGCCACCCGAGGAGUUUACCUUCCUUCCUGGUGCACUGACAUUUGAAAGCUACAUCUUAGAAUAAAGCAGAAAAACUGUGGCAGUCUGGUUACAUGCAGUUUUGGUGGAGUAAACACUUGAUUAUUCAACAAUGAGUCAUUCCUGCAGUAACCUCAUUCUGUCAUGACUGUAUCACAUCUGCUAACUCUCCAAAGCAAAACCAUAACCUGCACCGGUUUAAAACAUGAAUACAGCCUCGUGGUUUGCACAUAACACUCUAUUCAACCAAAGAARCCAUGUGCUGUAAGUUUAAAAGGGCAAAGUACUUGUUCUCAAAGAGAAAAUAUCAUAGAGAACAACAAAGACAAUUAUGGAAAAAACCUUCUCCAUUCUUUAGGUCUUCUGGACCAGUGUCUGGCUUAUCCAUUAUUCUUCAAGUGUCUUUCUGUUCUCUUAGAAAGCCUUUGUGGUUUUGGAGUGUACCGUAUUUGGAACACAGUAUAUGGAGGCUAGGGUUGUUCUGCUCUCUGAUUUGACUCCCUGCCUUCUGCCAUACUGUAAUUGUUGCUCUCAGCCAGAACUCAGCUAGGUCUUGACUGAAGCAGAAUCUCCUCCCCAUAAUGCCCAGCUCAAACCAGCCUCCAGUUUCUGGUCGAGAACACUGGAGGCACAAUAUGGCUCCUAGGUCUUAAUUUGGUUCAAAAUUAUGUGAUACAAAAGAAAGCUAAACAACAGCAAUUUUGCUACAGUACUUUAAACUGUAAUAUGGAAUUUUAAUUAAAUUUAUCAAACAGUUCUUGUAACAGUGAUUUCAUUAGUUUUGUUGGAAAAAGAGGAAACAACAAAUAAGGAUAUUGUAGUAAUCCCAAUAGAGUAAAUUGGGAUAUGGUCUAAGUGAAAUAUCACCAACAUUAGUAAACUACUUUUCAUAAGAGCACCUUCUGUAUAUUAAAAUUAAGCAGUGCUUGUCUAUUAAACUAAAUUCAAAUACUUAAAAAUGAACGAUGACAGAUGAUAGUGUUUUUUUUUCUGAAAAAUGCAGGAGAUACAUGCAGGAAGGGUGGUGUAGCAUUUUUUGUAGCAAACACCAUUUGGGGUAUUCUAUCCCAAGUCAUGCUGCUGUUGGCAGCUGCAGAAGUAGUCAAGAAACUCCAAUCAAAUCAGGACUUCAGAGUGCUUGGUGCAGCAAAGAUACAGACUGAAUGUCCAUUUUGUUCUAGAGCAAUUUGGUCUCAGUAAUGGAAUCUUUUUGGCACAGCAUAAUUGUUUUGCUUACUCUUGUUCCACUACAGUACCUGUGCUUGCCCCCCUAUAAACAGUCUAAGGAGAGGACAGAAAAUCACUUUGCCAAUUCCAUUACAUUCCUGUCAUAUAUAUGUGAACACAUGGUGGUGGUCUGAGCUUAUUGUAAUGAAAAGAUUAAAAGAAUUAAAUCAGUUUCUCCCGAGACAUUGCAGUUUGUUUAAAGUACAAGUAAAUAAUGGCAGCCACAAUUAUUUUCUUUGUAAGAUCAAGGAUGGAAAUAGUGCAUAUAAUAGACCUACAAAUUUAUAGAUGCACAGUUUUUUUCAGAGGUUUAAUUAUUAAUAUUUAAAGUAUUGGAAUAGACUUGAAAGUUUGCUACAAUUUCUUUAUUAAUGGAAGUAAUCUUGGCUGGAACUGAAAAUUCAUUGAUCAGUGGGACUACUCUGCCACUAGCAAGCUACUAAAUAAUSCAAGUUCAGCCUUUCAUGAAACCUAAAGGGAAAAAAUAUUCUGAAUAUAAGUAGAAAUGUAUGGUGAAGACUAUGGCUAUAUAGUUUACUAUUAAUUAUUUAAGUAUUAUUUAAGCAAUUAGCAGCUAUAAAAAGUCAAAUAACUAGCUUCCAAAGCCUAACUACAGACAAAAGAAUAUUGUUUUUCUCAUUAGAAAAGCUAAAUUCGAUCUGUGUUCCGUCUGCUUUUUCCCCAGACAAUAAAAUGCUAAUGUUACUAUGACACACUCACAGGUGUGCACAUAAAAUGUUACAGAUAGCCCACUACUUGUCAUGAAAAACAUCAUUAUUUUGUCUUGUAAAUAAAGCCUCAUCCAUCCCCCAACCACAAACAUGGUAAAAUAUUACUCACAUUAGGCUUAUCAGCAUAACUGAAAGAUCAGAAAUUAGUACCUCCUACUUGAGAGUAGGACUUAAAAACUUAAAUGCUUUGUCUGUUGCAAAAAUACCUUCUGAGGGGGAAGCACCAACUGUUGUAGAGGUUAAUUUUUAUUUGACAACUCCUUUUUUCCUUCCCCUUUCUGAAAGAAGCUCAUAUAUGUAGACAGGCAUUUGCCAUUUGGGYGAGAUGCUCUCUUUCCAAGUAUUAAAGACAUGAAGCAGCCAGAUGAAACAGUUGCGAGCAACCUUUCGUUUGUUUUGCAGCAUAAAAAGUUCUCUAAGUGGCAAUAUAUGAACUCUAAUUAUAAACUUGUUAUGCUYAUUGCAGGAAAUGAGUUCAUAGCUAGCUAAUUAGUAUUUUUCUUAAUGACUUAUGCUUGAGUCUUAACCCAGAAGAGCAGCCUCUGGAGGUGUUUAURUAAUCAGUUCAGCCCUGUAGUAUUUCACACUCACCAGCCUAUAGAGAAGAGCAAGGCAUGCCCUGUCCUGGAAAUGAUUUCAACAUGUGCCUAAGCAUAUAGUGAAUUUCUAUUUUCUGUAUAACACAACAAAAAAACCCUCAUUUGUCCUUUUUAAAUCCAAGCCUGAUAUGGAAUCUGUACCAUGCUCUAAUUCACAAGAGGAAAAACUUUACCUUUGAAUGAUAAAAAAAUUAAGUAGAAAGAGACCCCUGGGGUUGCCUGGUCCAAUGUCCUGCUCRAAGCAGGGCUGCCUUUGAAGUUGAAUCAGGUUAGACAGAUUUUGUCUUGAUGAGUUUUGAAAAUCUCCAAGGCCCAUGAUUCUACAACAAAUUCUGUCAUUGGAUAUGUUCUCUGCCCUACCAAGGCUGAUAAAAGUGUAGGAAACACCUUUGUAAGUGCAUGUGGUUUACGGUUUUGCCGUUUUUUUCAGUUGUGCACUGAUCUCAUUAGAAUCAAAUCCAGAUUUAGUGGAAGUAAAUGCACCCCCCUUUUUCAAAGAACUUCCAUUGACAUCAAGAAAUUUUCCUUCUCWCUUGUUGCUGUUGGACUAAAUCAGAUCUGAUUGUGCUGAGGAUAUCAGUGCAGUGUCUCCCCUCUGUGUGUGUGAAGCCUGCUUCUCUGACACUGAAACUGCGCAUAGGCAUAGGAUCAGAUUCAGAAUAUCUGGUAAAGCCUUGUUCUGUGUUGUCUGGGAUCAGUGACAAAAUUUUGAGUGGCUUUUAAAUUACUAGACUGGCACCAAAGAAAGAAGAGGAUUUGCUGAGAUCACUCUUUCUCCUCACAAGUCACCUUGGUAAUGCCACACUUGUUUCAAAUGCUGAUGGAAUGGCAGUGCAAAACAAAACCCUUUCUUCUACCUCUUUCCUUGUAAUUCUUUAAGCUUUACUUUGUGUAGUAGGAAUAAUCAGAAAUAAAUUUUCAGUUGCCCUUUUAAAAACCCAAACUCCAGACCCAAUCUCUAAUUGCAUUCUUUGAAAGGCCACACAGUGGUGUUAAACUGUGUAGUAACACACUGAGACAGGACCUGAAAGUCUGUGCUGAGAACAGCAUCUCUCACCUCAUAGACUCAGCUAUACUGAGCAAGGAGUUGUGAUUUGUGCCUCUACAGAAAACAAUCCAUUUGCACCUUAUUGGAACUAUCUGGAAAGGAAAAAUAAUGUUGUGGAGACCAGGACAUUUCUUAAAGUGCUUUACCUGGAGGUCAGUGGAAUUUCAUUUAUAAAUGAUAAAACGCAUGCAUUUUGAUGCUGAAAUUGUGAUGACUUACAAAGUUUGAUAUUACUGUACUUUUCUGUGAACAGUGAUUUUUUUGAAGUGGUGAACAUAUUUUCCAAGAAUAUCGUAGACAUUUGUAACAUGUAUGUUUGUGCCAAUAAAUCUUGUUU